GUGACAGAACAUUUUGUCUCGUGUCGGUCACUGUAUUACGCUCUCCACUCCAAAAAACAAUAGCAGGAGGGGGGUAAAGAUUGAAGAAUACUUGCAAUUGCACACAACACAAAUCAGCUGAUUGUUACUGCUUGGUAGCGCCACCGCGCCACCGCACCGCCGCCGUAUUUCGCCAUCUCAGCUCCGGAAGAGAAAUCAAUUGAAACAGUCGAUAAGCUCCAAAUCUCUGCAGUUUUUUGAGCUUGUAACACGAAAUGAAGCAUGGAGGAGUUCCGAAUGCAGUUACUUCUUUCGUGGCAGUAUUAGUGUUUCUGCAGUGCUCCUGCUUGUCAGCCGAAGUGGUUACGUGUUCUGGAAUAGUGCCGAUGGUAUACCGGAACGAUAAGAUAUCAAUAACUGAUUUUGGCGGUGUCGGAGAUGGGAGAACGUCAAAUACGAAAGCUUUCAGGGAGGCGAUUUACCGGAUUGACCAUUUGAGGAGGAGAGGAGGGACGCUUCUUUACAUACCUCCUGGUGUUUAUCUAACAGAGAGCUUCAACCUUACUAGUCGAAUGACUCUGUAUCUAGCCAGAGGUGCUGUUAUCAAAGCUACACAGGACACAGCAAACUGGCCUCUGGUUGCUCCUUUGCCUUCUUAUGGAAGAGGGAGAGAACGUCCAGGAGGAAGGUACAUGAGCUUCAUCCAUGGAGAUGGUCUCCAUGAUGUGAUUAUUACCGGCGAGAAUGGGACUAUCGAUGGCCAAGGCGACGUUUGGUGGAACAUGUGGAGACGGAGAACCUUGCAGUUUACUCGACCAAAUCUUGUGGAGUUCAAGGAUUCUAGAGGCAUCAUCAUUUCUAAUGUCAUCUUCAAGAAUUCACCUUUCUGGAACAUUCACCCUGUAUACUGCAGCAAUGUUGUCAUUCGGUAUGUCACGAUAUUGGCUCCAGCUGACUCUCCCAACACUGAUGGAAUUGAUCCAGAUUCAAGCUCCCAUGUUUGCAUAGAAGACUCCUAUAUUUCUACUGGAGACGACCUCGUGGCCGUAAAGAGCGGAUGGGAUGAAUAUGGAAUUGCUUACGGUCGUCCUAGCAACGACAUAACCAUCCGACGAAUCACCGGAUCCUCUCCGUUUGCCGGUAUCGCAGUCGGAAGCGAAACUUCCGGAGGGGUAACAAACGUAUUAGCAGAGCACAUAACCCUUUACAACAGCGGAAUUGGAAUCCAUUUAAAGACAAACAUCGGUAGGGGAGGGAUCAUAAGGAACAUUACCGUUUCCGAUGUUUUCAUGGAAAACAUGCGUAAAGGAAUCAAGAUUGCCGGAGACGUAGGCGACCAUCCUGACGAAAACUACAACCCAAAUGCUCUACCAGUUAUGAAACACAUUAGGAUUAAGAAUGUAUGGGGUGAAAAGGUCCUGCAGGCUGGUGUCAUCCAGGGUCUAAAGAACUCUCCCUUCACCGACAUUUGUUUGGCUAACAUCAACCUCCGUGGGUCAAGUGGUCCGAGAAAUGUUCCAUGGAAGUGUUCUGAUGUGAGUGGUGGUGCUAGUCAAGUUAGCCCAUCACCCUGUGCAGAGCUCAUCAGCAGGAGUCAAACGGGUGCGUGUUCCAUUCCUUUCUAAAUGUGUUUAUGAUCACUUAAACCCUGUGUAACUAACAUUGUAAUAUUUAAUUGAUUCCUUUUUGCAAACACUUUUUCGCAAGAUGGGUAUUUAUGAAAACAAGUGAUUUGAUUUUG